UCCUGCCUGCUCCACACAGCUCUCUGGGGCUGCGCUGCCUGGACAGAGAAAUUUCUCCUCCGUUUGGAUACCCUCCCGUCUUCUCUUCUCCUUUGUUAUUUAUUUCCCCAGCUACCCUCUCUGAAGGGGCAAGUGUGAAAGUCUUUCUGAUUGCCAGAAAUUUCUUUUGCACUGUGUGGGCAGGAGACAGAUUUUUUUUCUCCCUCGUCCCCCGAACUGUCUUUUCCCCCCCUCAAUUAUUAAUUUUGCUUUCCGUUUCUUUCCUUCCCCUGUGUAUUUUUCUUUUUUCCCCUUCAAUCUCACCUCCCCCUUUUCCUCCCUCUCCAUUCCUCCAGUCCCCUCCCCCCCACUCUUUGCUCUUUUAAAAUAAUUCAAUGAUGCUUUGGGAUUACUAGCGCACCCUCCUUCAGCUGAGCGCGGGACUCUGCAUUAAUUCAAGAGCAAUGUUCUGUGAUGGUGCCCGAGAUGCGUGGACUGAGCCCAGGCCGAAGGCUACCCGAGCCCGCCCUGUGCCCUGCUACAGGAGGGAGCCCUGAGCCCGGGGCUGCUGGCAGGCGCCGCCACGUCCUGGCUCUGCCCGAGGAGGAGGCAUGGCGGCCGCAGCAGUGUGCUUUGCUCGAGGCAGAUGCCUCCGACGAAGUGGGCAUGCUGCCCGCCUCCCCGCGCUCUGCGGUGGCUGGUUUCGACAACUUCUUCCCGGUGCAGGAGGGCGAGGGCCCGGGCUGGGAGGGCAGCACCACGCUGGACGCAGGCUCCAGCUCCUUCCUUCCUGUGAGCCCAGAGGUCAUGAAGCGGAGGCGAGGGGGGCUCAUCGAGCAGCGGGACAUCAUCAAGGCCCACGAAGCACACAAGAUGCAGAGCACCCCGCAGGCCCGGCGCAAGGAGUGGGAGAUGGCUCGCUUCGGGGAGGCGGUGGUCGUUGGCAGGCCAGGCUCAGGCGAUGGAGACUCGGACCAGAGCAGGAACCGACAAGGAACCCCCGUACCGGCCUCGGGGCCAGCGGCCGCCUACAAGCAGUCAAAAGCGCAGAGGGCGCGGACUAUGGCUUUGUACAACCCCAUACCAGUCCGGCAGAACUGUUUCACGGUCAACAGAUCCCUGUUCAUCUUCGGAGAAGAUAACAUUGUCAGGAAAUACGCCAAGAAGCUCAUCGAUUGGCCGCCAUUUGAGUACAUGAUCCUGGCCACCAUCAUCGCCAACUGUAUUGUCUUGGCCCUGGAGCAGCAUCUUCCUGAGGAUGACAAGACCCCAAUGUCUCGAAGACUGGAGAAGACAGAACCAUAUUUCAUUGGGAUCUUCUGCUUUGAAGCUGGGAUCAAAAUUGUGGCUCUAGGGUUCAUCUUCCAUAAGGGUUCAUACCUCCGUAAUGGCUGGAAUGUCAUGGACUUCAUUGUGGUCCUCAGUGGCAUCCUGGCCACUGCGGGAACCCACUUCAACACCCACGUGGACCUUCGGACCCUCAGGGCUGUGCGUGUCCUGAGGCCCUUAAAGCUGGUGUCAGGAAUACCUAGCUUGCAGAUUGUGCUGAAGUCCAUCAUGAAGGCCAUGGUACCCCUUCUGCAGAUUGGCCUUCUGCUCUUCUUUGCCAUCCUCAUGUUUGCCAUCAUUGGCUUGGAGUUCUACAGUGGCAAGUUGCAUCGAGCAUGCUUCAUGAACAAUUCAGGUAUUCUAGAGGGAUUUGAUCCUCCUCACCCGUGUGGUGUGCAGGGCUGCCCGGCUGGUUAUGAAUGUAAGGACUGGAUCGGCCCCAAUGACGGGAUCACCCAGUUUGACAACAUCCUUUUUGCUGUGCUGACUGUCUUCCAGUGCAUCACUAUGGAAGGGUGGACCACUGUGCUGUACAAUACCAAUGAUGCCUUAGGAGCCACCUGGAACUGGCUGUACUUCAUCCCUCUCAUUAUCAUCGGAUCCUUCUUUGUUCUCAACCUUGUCCUGGGAGUGCUUUCUGGGGAAUUUGCCAAAGAAAGAGAGAGAGUGGAGAACCGAAGAGCGUUCAUGAAGCUCCGGCGCCAGCAACAGAUUGAGCGUGAGUUGAAUGGCUACCGCGCCUGGAUAGACAAAGCAGAGGAAGUCAUGCUUGCAGAAGAAAAUAAAAACUCGGGAACAUCAGCCUUGGAAGUUCUUCGAAGGGCAACCAUCAAAAGGAGCCGGACGGAGGCCAUGACCAGAGACUCCAGCGAUGAGCACUGCGUUGAUAUCUCUUCAGUGGGCACACCUCUUGCCAGAGCCAGUAUCAAGAGCACAAAAGUAGAUGGAGCCUCCUAUUUUCGGCACAAGGAACGGCUUCUGCGUAUCUCCAUCCGCCACAUGGUCAAAUCCCAAGUCUUUUAUUGGAUCGUCCUGAGUGUUGUGGCUCUUAAUACGGCCUGUGUGGCCAUUGUUCAUCACAACCAGCCACAGUGGCUCACUCACCUCCUCUACUAUGCAGAAUUUUUGUUUCUGGGACUCUUCCUGUUGGAGAUGUCCCUGAAGAUGUAUGGCAUGGGGCCACGCCUUUAUUUUCACUCAUCCUUCAACUGCUUUGAUUUUGGGGUCACAGUGGGCAGCAUCUUUGAGGUUGUCUGGGCAAUCUUCAGACCUGGCACAUCUUUUGGAAUCAGUGUCUUACGAGCUCUCCGGCUCCUAAGGAUAUUUAAAAUAACCAAGUAUUGGGCAUCCCUCCGGAAUCUGGUUGUUUCUUUGAUGAGCUCCAUGAAGUCUAUCAUCAGCUUACUCUUCCUCCUCUUCCUCUUCAUCGUUGUCUUUGCUCUCCUGGGAAUGCAGCUCUUUGGAGGCAGGUUUAACUUUAAUGAUGGGACUCCUUCAGCUAAUUUUGACACCUUCCCUGCAGCUAUCAUGACAGUGUUCCAGAUCCUGACAGGGGAAGACUGGAAUGAGGUGAUGUACAACGGCAUUCGCUCCCAGGGUGGGGUCAGCUCAGGCAUGUGGUCUGCCAUCUACUUCAUUGUGCUCACCUUGUUUGGAAACUACACACUGCUGAAUGUAUUCUUGGCCAUCGCUGUGGACAAUCUGGCCAAUGCCCAGGAACUGACCAAGGAUGAGCAGGAGGAAGAAGAAGCCUUCAACCAGAAACACGCACUACAGAAGGCCAAGGAGGUCAGCCCGAUGUCUGCUCCCAACAUGCCUUCCAUUGAAAGAGACAGAAGGAGAAGACACCACAUGUCGAUGUGGGAGCCACGCAGCAGCCACCUGAGGGAGCGGAGGCGCCGGCACCACAUGUCUGUGUGGGAACAGCGCACCAGCCAGCUGAGGAGGCACAUGCAAAUGUCUAGCCAAGAAGCCCUCAACAAAGAGGAGGCCCCACCAAUGAACCCCCUCAAUCCACUUAAUCCACUGAGUCCUCUCAACCCACUCAAUGCUCACCCCAGCCUCUAUCGGAGGCCCAGGCCCAUUGAGGGCCUAGCCCUGGGCCUGGGUCUUGAAAAGUGUGAAGAGGAGCGCAUCAGCCGUGGGGGUUCCCUCAAGGGGGACAUAGGGGGCCUGACCAGCGUCCUGGACAACCAGAGGAGCCCUUUAUCCUUGGGCAAACGGGAGCCACCUUGGCUGCCUAGAUCCUGUCAUGGAAACUGUGACCCAACCCAGCAGGAGGCUGGAGGAGGAGAGACUGUGGUGACUUUUGAGGACCGGGCCAGGCACAGGCAGAGUCAGAGGCGAAGCCGGCAUCGCCGAGUCAGGACUGAGGGCAAAGAGUCUACCUCUGCCUCCCGAAGCAGAUCUGCCAGCCAGGAGCGGAGUCUGGAUGAAGGAGUGUUGGCUGAGGUGGAAAAGGAACAUGAGCCUCAGAGCAGCCACAGGAGCAAAGAGCCGACCAUCCACGAGGAGGAGAGAACCCAGGACUUAAGGAGGACCAACAGUCUGAUGGUACCCAGGGGCUCUGGACUGGUAGGAGCUCUUGAUGAGGCAGAGACACCUCUAGUGCAGCCCCAACCAGAGCUGGAAGUGGGGAAGGAUGCAGCUCUGACAGAGCAGGAGAAUGAAGGCAGCAGUGAGCAAGCCCUGCUUGGGGACGUACAGCUGGAUGUGGGCCGGGGCAUUAGCCAGAGUGAGCCUGACCUCUCCUGCAUGACAGGCAACAUGGACAAAGCUACCACAGAGAGCACCAGUGUCACAGUCGCCAUCCCUGACGUGGACCCCUUGGUGGACUCAACAGUGGUGAACAUUAGCAAUAAGACGGAUGGAGAAGCCAGUCCCUUGAAGGAGGCAGAGACUAAAGAGGAAGAAGAAGAGGUGGAGAAGAAGAAGCAGAAGAAGGAGAAGCGGGAGACUGGCAAAGCCAUGGUGCCCCAUAGCUCUAUGUUCAUCUUCAGCACCACUAACCCGAUCCGCAGGGCCUGCCACUACAUUGUGAACCUACGCUACUUUGAGAUGUGCAUUCUCUUGGUGAUUGCGGCCAGCAGCAUUGCCCUGGCAGCUGAGGACCCUGUACUAACUAACUCAGAGCGCAACAAGGUCCUGAGAUAUUUCGACUAUGUUUUCACGGGAGUGUUUACCUUUGAGAUGGUUAUAAAGAUGAUAGACCAAGGCUUGAUCCUGCAGGAUGGAUCAUACUUCAGAGAUCUCUGGAACAUCCUGGACUUUGUGGUAGUGGUUGGUGCAUUGGUAGCAUUUGCUCUGGCGAACGCUUUGGGAACCAACAAGGGGCGGGAUAUCAAGACUAUCAAGUCUCUGAGGGUACUUCGAGUUCUGAGACCACUGAAAACCAUCAAGCGCUUGCCCAAGCUGAAGGCUGUGUUUGACUGCGUGGUGACCUCCUUAAAGAAUGUCUUCAACAUACUCAUUGUCUACAAGCUCUUUAUGUUCAUCUUUGCCGUCAUUGCUGUUCAGCUAUUCAAAGGAAAGUUCUUUUAUUGCACCGACAGUUCCAAGGACACAGAGAAGGAGUGCAUAGGCAACUAUGUUGACCAUGAGAAAAACAAGAUGGAGGUGAAGGGCCGGGAAUGGAAGCGUCAUGAAUUCCACUAUGACAACAUCAUCUGGGCUCUGCUGACCCUCUUCACUGUCUCCACGGGGGAAGGAUGGCCUCAGGUUCUGCAGCACUCUGUAGAUGUGACAGAGGAAGACAGAGGCCCAAGUCGCAGCAACCGCAUGGAGAUGUCCAUCUUUUAUGUGGUCUACUUUGUGGUCUUCCCUUUCUUCUUUGUCAAUAUCUUCGUGGCUCUCAUUAUCAUCACCUUCCAGGAGCAAGGGGACAAGAUGAUGGAGGAGUGUAGCCUAGAGAAGAAUGAGCGAGCAUGUAUUGACUUCGCCAUUAGUGCCAAACCUCUCACCCGCUACAUGCCACAGAACAGGCACACCUUCCAGUACCGUGUGUGGCACUUUGUAGUCUCGCCAUCCUUUGAGUAUACCAUCAUGGCCAUGAUUGCCUUGAACACUGUUGUGCUGAUGAUGAAGUACUACUCUGCCCCAUGCACCUAUGAGCUCGCCCUAAAGUACCUGAACAUCGCCUUCACUAUGGUGUUUUCCCUGGAAUGUGUCCUAAAGGUCAUCGCUUUCGGCUUCCUGAACUAUUUCCGAGAUACCUGGAACAUCUUUGACUUCAUCACCGUGAUCGGCAGUAUCACAGAAAUUAUCCUGACAGACAGCAAGCUGGUGAACACCAGUGGCUUCAAUAUGAGCUUUCUGAAGCUCUUCCGAGCUGCACGGCUCAUAAAGCUUCUGCGACAGGGCUAUACCAUCCGCAUCUUACUGUGGACCUUCGUGCAGUCCUUUAAGGCUCUCCCCUAUGUCUGCCUUCUGAUUGCCAUGCUUUUCUUCAUCUAUGCCAUCAUUGGGAUGCAGGUGUUUGGAAACAUAAAGUUAGAUGAGGAGAGUCAUAUCAAUCGGCACAACAACUUCCGGAGUUUCUUCGGGUCUCUCAUGCUGCUUUUCAGGAGUGCCACGGGGGAGGCUUGGCAGGAGAUUAUGCUGUCGUGUCUUGGUGAGAAGGGCUGUGAGCCUGACACCACCGCACCCUCAGGGCAGAAUGAGAGUGAGCGCUGUGGCACGGAUCUGGCCUACGUUUAUUUUGUCUCCUUCAUCUUCUUCUGCUCCUUCCUGAUGCUCAACCUGUUCGUGGCUGUCAUCAUGGACAACUUUGAGUACCUGACUCGUGACUCCUCCAUCCUGGGGCCUCACCACUUGGAUGAAUUUGUCCGUGUCUGGGCAGAGUAUGACAGAGCAGCAUGUGGCCGCAUCCAUUACACUGAGAUGUAUGAAAUGCUGACUCUCAUGUCACCACCGCUAGGCCUCGGCAAGAGAUGUCCCUCCAAAGUGGCCUAUAAGAGGUUGGUCCUGAUGAAUAUGCCAGUGGCUGAGGACAUGACAGUCCACUUCACCUCCACACUUAUGGCUCUGAUCCGGACAGCUCUGGACAUUAAAAUCGCCAAAGGUGGUGCAGACAGACAGCAGCUAGACUCAGAGCUACAAAAAGAGACCUUGGCCAUUUGGCCUCACCUGUCCCAAAAGAUGUUGGAUCUGCUAGUGCCCAUGCCCAAAGCCUCUGACCUGACUGUGGGCAAGAUCUAUGCAGCAAUGAUGAUUAUGGACUACUAUAAACAGAGUAAGGUAAAGAAACAGAGACAGCAGCUGGAAGAACAGAAAAAUGCACCGAUGUUCCAGCGCAUGGAGCCCUCAUCACUGCCUCAGGAGAUUAUUGCUAAUGCCAAAGCCCUGCCUUAUCUCCAGCAGGACCCUGUUUCUGGCCUGAGUGGUCGGAGUGGAUACCCUUCAAUGAGUCCACUCUCCCCUCAAGAAAUAUUCCAGUUGGCUUGUAUGGACCCAGCGGAUGAUGGACAAUUCCAGGAACAGCAAUCUCUGGAGCCAGAGGUUAGUGAAUUAAAAAGUGUGCAGUCCUCUAACCAUGGCAUCUACCUUCCUCCGGACACCCAGGAGCAUGCGGGAUCUGGGAGGGCCUCCUCUAUGCCACGUCUGACUGUGGAUCCCCAGGUGGUAACAGACCCUAGCUCUAUGCGACGUUCAUUUUCUACAAUUCGGGAUAAGCGUUCAAACUCCUCCUGGCUAGAGGAGUUCUCCAUGGAACGGAGCAGUGAGAACACCUACAAGUCAAGGCGCAGAAGUUACCAUUCCUCCCUGAGGCUGUCAGCCCACCGCCUGAAUUCUGACUCUGGUCACAAGUCUGACACUCACCGCUCAGGGGGCAGGGAGAGAGGCCGAUCCAAAGAACGAAAGCACCUCCUCUCUCCAGAUGUCUCCCGCUGUAAUUCUGAGGAGCGAGGGACCCAGGCUGACUGGGAGUCCCCAGAGCGUCGCCAGUCCAGGUCACCCAGUGAGGGGAGGUCACAGACCCCCAACAGACAGGGUACUGGUUCCUUGAGUGAGAGCUCCAUCCCCUCUAUCUCUGACACCAGCACCCCAAGACGAAGUCGACGCCAGCUCCCACCAGUGCCACCAAAGCCUCGGCCCCUCCUCUCUUACAGCUCCCUCAUGAGACACACUGGUGGCAUCUCUCCACCUCCUGAUGGAAGUGAGGGUGGAUCCCCACUGGCCUCUCAAGCUCUGGAGAGCAACAGCGCUUGCCUGACCGAGUCUUCCAACUCCUUGCACCCCCAGCAAGGCCAGCACCCUUCCCCACAGCAUUACAUCUCCGAGCCCUAUCUGGCCCUCCAUGAAGACUCCCACGCCUCAGACUGUGGCGAGGAGGAGACACUCACCUUUGAGGCAGCCGUAGCCACUAGCUUGGGCCGGUCCAAUACCAUUGGCUCUGCGCCACCCCUACGGCACAGCUGGCAGAUGCCUAAUGGGCACUAUCGGCGGCGGAGGCGUGGGGGGCCUGGGCCUGGCAUGAUGUGUGGAGCUGUCAGUGACCUCCUGAGUGACACGGAAGAAGACGAUAAGUGCUAGAGGCUAUCAUCCCCUCCGAUGCAUGCUCUUCUCUCACAGGGAGAAAACCAAGACCAAAUUGGGAAGCCAGUGCGGCCCGGGGGGGAGGAAGAGGGAGAAGGAAGAUGGAGAAAGGACGCCAUGCAUCCUCAGAGAAGAGGAAGGAAAAGACAGAUGGAAAACCAGUCAAACCCACCAAUUUGGAUUAUUUCCCUUUGCAAGAUGGGCACUGCCAUAGUCCUGCCUCUUUGCUGGGGGAAACAAAUACAGGAAUGUGGGGGUUUAUUCCCAUGGGAGAAGGGACACAAAGGUGGCUUGGCUUCCGUUGCCCCUUCCCACUUUUCUGUAAGCUGCGGCAGGAUCUGGCCAACCUGUGUCUAAGCUCAUUUGCCCUGAGCAGCUAGGAAGACUUCCCAGCAUCUUAAUGCGGGAAGAGUUGAAAUAGCAGGAGAAGAAUCUCCUCACCAGCUCUUGCAUUUUGGCUGCCCCCAGGGGCAACCACAGCAGCAUCUCACGCAUUAUCUUGGGGGGCUUGCUUUCCCCAAAGAGACACAUGCUAAUUCAGGAGCACUGGAUGCUGAUGGGAGAUGGGAGGGAGGGAGAGAAGGGCUGGAGUGGAAGGGCCCAAGGUGCUGUGGCAACAGCAGCAAGGGCUGGUCUGGGUGAGAAAAGCCAUAGCAGCAGCCUGUACCGUGAAGGUGAAGGUCAAAGAAAUAGAACUGGAGGUGCUGUUGGGUACUGUCCUAGACUCUGACAUUUGUAACUUACACAGUAAGUGCUGUGGUAGGUAGGCUAGAUAAGGAGGUUCUCCGGAGUCCACAAAGGUGCCUGUAGCUCUGCUAAGGGUAAUAUUAACUCUAAUUAGCCAGGGCCCCAAACCCAGAAGGGUUCAGCCACGGUGUGGGAAUUCCAUGCAGUUCUCAGCCUUGGCCCUUUAGAUGCUAGUCAGAGGGAACCCCCAACAGUAGGGGCGAGGUAGAGGGGGAGACUUAAGGGACUCUAGGCAGACUCGGUUUUUCAACAAGCAUAAAAGGAACUCAGUGUUGGUGACAGGGCUGUGACCACAGUGGGCUGGAGGCAGGCAGCAGGCCUCUGUCAGGCAGCAAGGCUAGUGCUAAGCCAAGCCCAGAAUGGCCAAGUGUUAGCAACUACAUGUUCUCUGCCACUUCUCCAAAUAGACAGGGAACAUGUAUCUGAGGGGGUCACUGUGUAAUGACUUCUCUAAAGAUGAGAAAGCCUGGUAGACUAGAACAGGGGAGUGUUCACUAAGGGCAUCAGCCUGUGGAACCCCUGUGAGGAGAAGUCCUUGAGCCUGAAGCUCAUACAGCUUGGUUUGGGGAUUAGGAGGGUCAACUGGAUGAAGAUGCUUUAAGAUAAUUAAGUAACUAUACCUCAGUUUUGACCUGAGCUGCUGAUUUUAGUAAAACAGGCUCUGAUGUGGCUCCCACUUUCUCUGAAUGUUCCCUGGACCAGGCCUGGGUUUCAUCCCUCCCCAGAGUAAAGAAUGGGUAGAAGACAACCUCAGGCCACUAAGUCAUUCCUAAUCCCCCAAAGCAGAAACAUCAAGGGAACUUACGACCCUUCCUCAAGCACUUCCAUCAAUGCAGUCAAGAGCUCCAUGCUAUGGAAUGCAUCACCCCUUCCUUAAGCUUCUCUCUAGUAUCAUCAGAAUGGGUGAACAGAUGCCUGGGAGCAGGGUGUUGGGCAGGACUGCCCUUUCUAGCCUCUGCACAGGACCCUCUCCAGUGAGACUGGAGUGGCCAUCACACUGAAAGCUCAGUGGAUGGAGUCUUUAUCCUCUUCCAGACUUGGCAGAGUCCUUUGGGACUCUUGUGUAGGAGCAGCGUUUCUCAGAAGAAAAUUCUCUUUUCAUAUGACAUUUCCUUCCUAUUCUUCUAUCUCAUUCUUUCUAACCCUGAGCUGAUAUAGCAGCAGUUCUGAAAAGCCAAGUUCAUCCACAUGGCCACAGUCAUCUGCCACAGUCCGCCUUCUCUGUUGAGUAUUGAUGGAGCUUUCAUGAACCAUGUUCAGCCCCAAACCAAAGUAGUCCCAUGACAGGUGACCAGUGAGGCCAACCUAAGGCCUGCCAACUCUCAGAUCCUCCUCUUCCACCUCCAUUGUCCUCUCCCUGUGUGCUCAGGGGCAGCUAAGAAUACAAGCAUGAUCCUAAGGGAUAUAUGUGAUUGUUACAUAAGACAGAUGCUGGGACUUGUAUUGUUUUUAAGGUUUUCUCUGCUCAGCCUCAUUCCAUGCCAAAGUGCUGCUAUAGGCCUCUUUGUGUGCAGAAAUUGCUUCCCUCUAUAUUGGACAUGCAGCUUUCCUUAGGGGGAACCUGCAACAGGAUGACCAUUCUGAGCCAGCAAGCCUGUUAGAUGGUUGUUUGUGAGAAUCAAUUGCAGAGAUAUGGCAUUGCCAUCCCUAUAAAUGGGAGAAAUGUGGGCUGGUAGCACAAUGACCAGAUAUGGAAUUCACCUGCAAAGGAUAGUACCACUAAAUACACACACAUACACACACACACACACACACACACACACACACACACACACAAAGCAUUGUAAAGAUAUCAAGUAUAACUGUGGUCAUUUAACUGACCACAUGGUUUAUUUAUUUUUUAGCACUGGUAAGCUUAUAAACAUUUCCUUGUUCAACUUACCUUGGGUUUCUUUUAUCUUGGACAACACUUAUCCUUCAUUAAAACCAGAACAUAAAAUAAUUUUUGUUAAGUCACAAAAAUAUUAUUAUAAUAAUCUCUAGUUUCCUACUUCUUCCUAAAAAACUUGAAUGCCAACCUUCUUCCUUGUAGCUGACCAGGGCUUUCCCUCCGAGCUAUCAGAGCCUGUACCUUUCUAUUUAAAAGGAAGCUGCUUUCUCAAAGCCCAUGCUUCUUCUUGCAUCUUCCGGUACAUAGCAUGACUCUUUGGGUGCGAAAAGUCUUCUUGCAGAAUUCUUUAGUCAGAUAUCUCAUUACCCUAUCAAAAAUAUUUGGUCCUCAUCACCUCAAAACAAGAGAGAGAAGAAGAGGGGGCAUGAGAAGAAGCAGCCAGGCAGGGAGGUGGUGUGACUGUGCUUGUGUGUAGACAUGCCUUUUCUCUUAAGGUUCCAGACAGCUUGUCAUGUCCCUACCUUCCUAUCUGUAGGAGAGUAGAGCAGCCUUCAAAAGGAUAGGAGGUUCAAGCCAAUGUGCCCUGUGUGUCAAGAAAAACACUUGCCCAUGAAGGGAUGGUACCCUCUAGUACCACCAGGCUCCACACGAGCCAUGAUGCCAGUUUCCAAGGGGAGGGAGUGAUACCACACUUCUACCUGAGGAAUCUAAUUUUACUGUAAUCUUCACUUCUGGUUCCAGCUUGUUCCCCAUCCUGAGAGCCCAAACAUGUUUCCCUAAAGUGGACUCCAGGUGUUCUGAACAUUUUUCUCCCUUCACUCUGAGGCUACACAAAGAAUACCCCAUAUCCCAACCUUUAGUCAGUAUCUCCCUUUCCCACCUACAUCCAUACCCCACCACCACAGAUUCUUUGUGUGAACUGGAGUGCCCCUUGACCUUUCAGCCUAGUCUUUGCUUUGCUGCAUGUUAGCACAUGCUGAGAUGGUUAAAUCCAAGUGUACAUGAUGCAGUAUGUGCCUCUGCCAUGCUGUUAGGGAAUGCUUCUUUCUAAUGAAGCGUCGUCGGAAUCUCACUGGGUGAGCUUCACAAGACUAUGUCAAAUGAACUGUGAAAAAGUGUACACAAGGUCUAGGUACCUUAAUGAAGGCUCACUACAGAGAGAUUGGGUCUCUUUGGUACAGUGGAACAAAACUUUAAGUAAUUUUAAUUUUAUUUUUAAACAUGAUUUUUUUUGGUUACAUCUCUUUCUGAAGCCUGUAAUGUCUAUUUCACUUUUGGAUCGAAUAUCUAGGUAGGUAGAGCAGGGAGAUAUUGGGAACUUUGUUUCUUAGCUCAGUUAUAACAUUGAAAAAGUUGAAGUUAUAUAUAAAGGAAAGGUGGACAGACAGUAGGAGGGAAUCAGAUUGUCUCCUGAUGUGCAGAGAUUUUCUGAGACCUGAAAGAACUUCCACAACAGUUAUAUCACUCUAACAGGGUCAUGUCUGCCAUAUUUUGAAACACCUUUCCCAAAGCCUGAGGCUACUGAGGCAAAGCAGCCCGUUCCUUGAGAAGGAUUCCUCUCCCAUCCAGCCUGUGUGUGUCCUUCCCUCCUGGUCCUCAGAGAAUUGCAUACUCCGAGAGAAAUGGGAAUACUUUAUAAAGCAGGCAGAAGAGGGUCAGCUGACUCCAUGUAAGUGUCCAGUCACAGCAUGAUGGAUUAACAGCAGACAAGAACCCCUAAAGAAUCUGGUUCAGUUCAGAUGAGCUGUCUUUAAAUAUCUCCACAAAAGCUAAACAAAAUUAACUUAGGGGUCAUGACCCAACUCUUCCAUGAAUGUGAUCAGAGGCAGCCCCAUGUUAAGUGCUGUCUGUACCAGUAAGUAGCCUUUUGCAGUUUUUCCUCUCUGAACCAUCCAGAACAUCCUAGCCAGGUCUGUCCCAAACAGCAGCAGCUGAUACCUUAGCCAUUGGCCAAAGACUGCUAGGGUGUUUUAUCAGCUCUCACAGGCUACACCCAUAGUACAUAGAUGUACUACAUGAGGGGAAAUGUCUGGAAAAAAAUAAUUCUAUUUGCUUUCUGGAAGCCAUCUUUUCCUUUCAGUGAAUCUUUUUGGUGUUUUGGGAUUUUUCCCCUUAAUUAAGUUGGUCUGUAUCAUGUGUAUUCCAGAGAAGUCACAUGAUUCCAAGAACAACAAAUUCACAAAUUGGUCCAACCUACCCCAAGGGCCUAGAAAGCAUCUCUGAAUAGAGUUCAAGUUAUCUCAUUUAAUGGGGGCUUCCAGAAAAGUCUAGUAUGAUUUCUCGUAAGGUCUGGACCCUUGCUUCUAGUUUUAAUAGGUUUCUUUCUGCCCGCACACUCCUAUCAUGCUAUGUACUGGAAGGUUAGUGUCCUAACCUUCUAGAUGCAAAAGGAGACUUUAUAAUAAGCCAUGCUACUACUAUGUAAAUACAUUCUUGGGUUUUUUCAAGUUCUUGUUUAUGGAGUUUUGAAAGAGUUGGAUAGAUAAUAUAGACAUAUUGAGAUUAAUGUUUAUUUUUAUCAGUUUGGAAGUUUUUGUUUGAUUGAUUAUCCAGUAUUUUGGAACAGGCCCCCUCUAGGACAGCCAAGAAGACUAAAUCUGUGCUCUACAGUGUUCUGAAUUUGCUUCUUUUCUAAGAUUAAUUUCUGUCAAAUUAGUGCUAUGAUAAUUGAGUCAAAAACCCUGAAGCUGCUGUCUCCUCCCAUCUCUGUACCCACCUCAGUCUUCUGUCUUGUUAAGUGACCUUGGACACUUGUCUCCCCAUAUCCUGCCACUCCUCUUUCAAAGAUCUGAAAAUAUAACCUAGAUUUAGGGGGAAAAUAAAACUGCCUUCCCUACCAGAAAAGUCAAAGUCAAGGAAAUUAUAAGAUACAGAAUUAUUUCAGAACAUCCUUAACCAGUACAUAAUACAAAAUGUAUUCCUUGGUAAGAAGAUAAGUUGAAACAAUAUAGCAAUGUGACAAAUGAACAUCAUAGGAAGCUAAAUAUAAUGAGUACUAUCCAGGCUUCACAAUUCAUCUGUGCCUUCAGUAAGGAUAUUGUAUAUAUUUCCUUUCCCUUGUUAGGGAAAUUGAAAUUCUGAUGCUUGAUUAGUUCAUGUGUAUGUUGAGGGCUUGUGAGUUAAUAAUUGUAAAGCACUUGUCUCCACAAGUCAAGUUGAAAAAGCCUUCCCUCAUCAUAUCCCAUCAAGGACUUGAGAAAUUCUUGGCAUUUCCUCUAAGCAUUUCCUUUUUUUAAGGAAGCCUCCAUCUUAAGGGACUGGGGCUAAGUUUGCUUUACUCUUGCUUUCUACUUCUCAUAAAUUCUUCUCAAGUUAGCAGUCUUUUUCUUUUCUUAAUCCACACUGUUUUCGUUAAUCAGAAAAGAUGAAUUCCUCCGACAAACUUCCAACCACCAUCUUCUCUUUGUGGACGUGUAAGUCGGAGAGCCAAUAACUACAAACCAACACAGAAGACCAUUGCCUGGCCUGGGUUGGAAGUAUGAGUAAAUUUUAUCUCUCUUUUUUUUUCUACAAGUUUUCUAGAGAUAAAAGUAGGUGGUUCUCUAUAUUCUCAAAGGAGACAUUUGAACUUGGGUUGUAUAGUUCCACCACUUCCUCUUUGGUUCUCUCAGAUGAUGUCUCCUAAACUAAAAAAGAAGCUAUCAUCCUCAUCUGCCACAUCUGACUUGGACCUGAUUGGAUCCUGAUUGCAUCAUUCUUAUUUCUUAUAGGUGAUAGUCUAUAUUGCUCAAGAGCCUAUGCUUUAAAGCAAGUCGAUCAAGGAUAUUUAUGAGAUGUACAAGGAAAACAUUUAAAUGUGUCAAAGUGCCAUUAAUCAAUUUUUAAAAUAACGGUAAUAUGAAAUGAGGGCUAAAUAGUGUAGUCUAACUGCCAAUUAAGUACACAGUAGUUCUGGUCUUAGUUACCUUUGAUAUGAAGUUAUAGGCCAUUAAGCAGAUCCCCGAGGGUUUAGUGAAAACAUAGGCAUAGCAUUUUAAUGGCUACAAUAGGGGUAUACAUUUAGAUUGCAGGUUGAACUUUAAUCAGUGUUUUUCUAUCCUGGUGUUUUGUGAACAAUCCAAAAUUUCUACAAAGCUACCCUAAGUGCUGCAAUUGCAGAGGAGUUUCCCUCUUGGUGGCGUUAGAAAGCUGUCCAAGGCCACUCAUGCUGAGUCCAAGAUUUAGAAUUCACCCAGGAAACCACCAAUGGAGAAACACUUAAUGCACCAAGUAUGUUUGACAUUUCUUACAGGGACAAGUGAUAAAGAAAAAAGAGAGUGACACUAUUGAACAAAGACAAACUUGACAUGGAUGAUAUAAAGAGUCCCAGAAGAGGACAGGCUUAAAGAUGUUUGACUUUGGAUCCUACUUCUUGCUUAGAUUUGGGGUAAAUGCUUUAGCAUGAUAUUGGAUUCAGAGGGGUUGCUUUUGGUAAACUGUGUUGAAUCCCCAAAAGAUUAGUGGGUUAAUGAACAUCUUUUCCAGACCCGACAGAUGGAAGAGACAAAAUGCAGCCCAAAGACAAUCUAUGACUUCAGAAACUCAUAUAGUAAGCCAAUAUUGGAAAUUCCCCUUCUUAGUAGCCCAUGUGCCAUAGGAGGGGGAAAGAGCCCAUGAAGGGGACAGAAGAUGUUUUGUGGGGAAUAGAUUUCAAAUGGCAAGGUGCACUGGUACUAACCUCAAAGGCCAACAUUGUGGGAAAGUGAUGACAGGUUAUCCCCUCCAUCCUUUGGGACCCAAGGAGAGGCCUUGAUUUGAUCUUAGAAAAUGAACAUAUAGGAUGGGAUCAAGAGGGAAAUUGGGUGCUCUGCCUCAGGUUGUCAAAAAUGCUGCCACCCACAUUAUCAAACAUGUGAGUCAAGCCCAUAAGACUCCCCCUUAAGGGCAGCAUCCACUAGGGUGUAUCAGCCUGACACUCCUGCAGUAGUGAGAAUAGGUGAUUGAACAGCAGCCAAUGCUGGCCCAUUCAAGAGUAUUGGUGCAUCUCGCCUAACACCAGAGUUCAGCAGUGCAUGUUGGUCAGGUGGAUAUCCUGUAAUAUAAAUGCUCGUUUGGAUCCAAAAGGAAAACCAUUAAAAAAUAAAAGGAAGAUGAACAACUUUAUUGUUGAGGGGGUGGGUCAAGGAAAAGUAAAUAAAACCUUGUUGUAAAGAA